AUGGCAUAUUCUUAUAUCGUAGAAGAAGCACCUCCCGACGACGUUCCCAGCGUGAAGCACGAUAUCCGACGCGCGAAGAUAUUUCUUCAGAAACACAGCACGGAAUCGGGUGACAGUUUAUAUGACCAUUUAGUUGAGCUUUUGGCAAAAAUACUGGCCGAACGGCCACAAAACGCUGUUGAUAUUUUCGAGGAAUACAGUAAAAAAUUGAAAGAGGAGAGAUUUAAGACUAAGACGGAUUAUCUUCGGGAUCUGUACAUACCGCCCGUGCAAUACGACGAUGCCAAGAAGCUCAUUAAGCUCUUCCAGAGCGUACAGCGGAUUGACGACGACGAACAGGAGAAAAUAGGCGACGAAGAGGAGGUCGAUAAGAAAAAGAAACAUCCCAACAUGUUGGAUCUUUUGUUCUACUUCGAGCAGACGGGUGUAGGAUUGCCACGACACGAAAUAGCGUUGCUUAAUUUAUCGAUUCGGAAACUCGCCUCGACAAUGCCACUUGAAAAUAUUAGAUUUUGGGGUAAAAUACUUGGAAAACCUAAAAAUUAUUAUAUACUGGAAGCUGAACUUCAGGCGGAUGAGCUUGCUCGAAGAUUGCAAGAGGAGGAACAUGAAAUACAAUCUAGAAGAGAAAAAAAGGAAGCUGAAGUCGAAACAGCGGUGAAACUCGCGGCGGAAGAAGCGGAAAGAAAAAUCAAGAAGGAAGAUAUAGAAGGAACUGUCGAAACAACAGGAAAUCCGCGCAAGGAUACGUCAGAAGGAAAGCCUUUGGAGCUUGUCUUUCCAUCGUUACCUGUUAAUCCGUGGAUACCAUUGCCAAAAAUACCAAUCGAGAGAAUUGGGAGUGGCCUCAAUAAAAAAGUGUAUUUUGUAUGCAACACGCCUGGGUUAGACGAGUGGAUCGAACUUCCGACGGUUACACCACAGCAGAUAGUAAUUGCACGACAGAUUGUUCGAUACUGCACGGGAAACUUGGAGACACCGAUUCACAGUUUUCCGCCGUUUCCUGGUACUGAGAAAAAUUAUCUUCGUGCACAAAUUGCAAGAAUCAGUGCGACCACUCAUGUUUCGCCGAUUGGUUUCUUCACAUUCAGUGGAGAAGACGAGGAUGAAGAGAUAGAAGAAGAAAGGAAAGAAGAAGAAGAUUUGUCAGAAAAUAUUAAUUAUGAUCCACUGCCGAUCAAGGAUCUUGUAGAUCCCUCCAUGUCAAAUUGGUGUCAUCAUAGUCCAUAUAUUCUCGAGCAAGGACGAACUGUCUGGUGGAAUCUCGAGAAGGAGGAAAAGAUUGUUGACGAAGCAAUCGAAGAAGAAGAAGAAGAUGUAGAAAAAGAUGAAACAAAGAUGAUGGAAAAAGAGAUUGGACCGCCUCUCUUAACUCCUUUAUCGGAAGACGCUAUUGUUGACUCCGUGAUACCGUGGACUGUUAGACAGUCGACAUACAUACAACCAGACAUUGCAGUAGCUUUAGUUAGAUCGAAUAUCUGGCCUGGAGCGUUCGCAUUUGCGGCAGGAAAACGCUUCGCUACUAUGUAUAUUGGCUGGGGCCACAAAUACAACGUAUAUAAUUAUAGUCCUUCUGAUAUGCCACCUGUUCAAGAUCAGUACAAAAUUGGACCGGAGAUUAUGGAAAUUCGUGAUCCUACUGUCAAAGAAGAAGAGGUUUAUCAAUUAACGCGUUUACCAUCACCAACAUUACCAAUGGAUAAAAAGGAGGAAGAGGAGGAGGAAGAAGAAGAAGAAGAAGAAACAGAUGAUGAGGAGGAGGAAGAUUAA